UCUAUUCCAUUGCAGUUCUUUGGUUAAAAGUAUUUGUCGAGUGCCGUGUAACACAAUCAAUCGUAUAGUGGCAAACAAACAGUCAGCCGUCAAGAUGCUGUUUGAACUAUUGCUGUCCCUAGUCGUCAUUUAUUUGAUAUCUUACGUCAUUCAAACUUGGCUAGAAAUUAGAAAACUACCACCGGGUCCGAUACCACUCCCAUUCAUUGGAAAUUUGCAUCAACUGGGAAAUAAUCCUCCAUUUUCCACAGCGGCACUUUGCAAGAAAUAUCCGAACGUACUGAGGCUAAAGUUCCCCUUUGGUUACUGUCUAUUUCUUAACAGUGCAGAAGCUGCUCGAGAGGCCUUCGUGACGAGAAAAACUGACUUUGCUGGUAGACCAAUUGAGCAGUUUUAUCCAAUAAAUGUCAUUCUAGGUGAAAGAGAUAUCGCUACUACGGAUUUCGGACCAACUUUUACAUUUCGCUCGAAGGUUUUUAAAAGCGCUCUGCAUUUAUUUGGUGAUCAAACCAAAAUACUUGAAAAGCGUUUCCACGACAUGGUUUCGUUGAUAUUUGCAAGACUAGACGAGCUUGUCGGAGAAAACGUAAACUUAAAAAAAGUUGUUGAAAGUUCAACCUUUGCGCUUAUGUGGGAAUGGCUUUCUUCUGAACGAAUAACGUAUGAGGAUGAUAAAAUGAAGAAAAUCCUCGAUUUCAUCGACAAAUGUAAUUUUUUGGGACGCCAAGGAAGCUAUUAUCAGCUUUUCCCCAUAAUGCGUCAUUUACCGACUAAAUUCAAAAAAUGUCUCAACGAUGUGCUUAAAGCCAGGGAUGAUUUGUUCGGAACGGUCUUAGAUCACCAUAGAGCUACAUUCCAAGAUGGAGUGGUUCGUGACCUCACUGAUGCAAUGAUACUGUCUUACAUGAAUGAAGAGAAUGAAAGCAAAAAUAUCUCCGGUUCAAUUGAUGACGUAAUGUUCUUGAUGAUUGACGUGAUGACUGCAGGCUCUGAUAGUAGUGUCAAUGUUUUAAAAUGGUGUGUCUUACACCUGGUCCUAAAGGAAGAUGUGCAAAACAAAAUACAUGAUGAGUUGGAUAGAUAUAUGGAAAACGAGAACAUGCCAAAUACUUUACAAUUAAAAAAAUUCCAUUAUUUGAAUGCUUUUCUUUGUGAAGUCUUUCGUUCGUCUACAAAUCUUCCUAUUUUCCCGCCACAUCGUACCGUACGUGAUACUAAUGUUAUGGGCUACAACAUACCUAAACACAUGACGGUGUUUGUAAACCAAUAUUGUAUCAACAAUGAUCCUCUUAACUGGGAUGAUCCAAAAACGUUUCGUCCUGAGCGUUUUCUGGACGAAAAUGGCGAAUUUGUUGGAUGGAAUAAGCACGAGGCGUUCAUGCCGUUUGGUAUGGGACGACGUGGCUGUCCGGGAAAGGAGCUUGGCAAACUUCAGGUGACAAUGAUACUUGCCUGUCUUCUGUAUCGCUACCAUUUUACGUUAGCUGAAAAUCAAGAGGUGCCUAAACUAAAUGAUCCUGUUGUGGGAGCAACUGCACGUCCAAAAGAUUACUUGGUUACUGUUCUUAAACGCAAAUGACACGAAGAGCAAAUAUUAUUGAAAUAGGCUUUGAUUCUUUACGAUUGAUAAAAAAAGACACUUGUAAAAAUACGGAAAUAUCCUAAUUACGACUAUCUACCAUGCAUGCUUUAAAUUUUUUAACGAGAUGAUAUAAAAACAUCGCUAAAGUACGCAUAGAAAUUGCCAAGGGUAUUGUGACAAAUAGAUGUAUCAUUUUGUAUGUUAUCCAUUAUUAAAUCCAAUUCAACAAUUGGUAA